GGCUGUGGCUGGGCUGGUGCCGAGGAUGUGGCUGUGGCUGCUGGCGGGACUGGCAGGGCUGUGGCUGCUGCGGCGCUGGCACCGCGAGCGGCAGACGGUGGCCAGGCUGUCGGACAAGUUCGUGCUCAUCACCGGCUGCGACAGCGGCUUCGGCAACCUGCUGGCCCGGCAGCUGGACGCGCGGGGGCUGCCGGUGCUGGCCGCCUGCCUGAGCGAGGCCGGCGCUGCGCGGCUGCGGGCGGACGCCUCCUCCCGCCUGCAAACCGUCCUGCUGGACGUCACCUCCAGCCAGAGCAUCGCCGCCGCCGCCGCCUGGGUGCGGGAGCGAGUGGGCAGCCAAGGGCUCUGGGGGCUGGUGAACAACGCUGGGGUCGCUUCGCCCACCGGCCCUAAUGAGUGGCUGACCAAGGAGGACUUUGCCAAGAUGCUGGAUAUCAACCUGCUGGGCCUCAUCGAGGUGACACUGAGCCUCCUGCCCCUGCUGCGCCGGGCACGGGGCAGGGUGGUCAAUGUGGCCAGCAUUUUGGGGAGGCUCUCCUUUCUUGGUGGGCCUUAUUGCAUCUCCAAGUACGGUGUGGAAGCCUUCUCUGACAGCCUCAGGCUGGAGAUGCAGCACUUUGGGGUGAAGGUCAGCAUCAUCGAGCCAGGCUUCUUCAGUACAGCCAUCACCCAAUUCGACACCCACAGCAAGAUCUUCCAGUCCUGCUGGGAGCGUCUGCCCCAGGAGACCAAAGCUGCUUACGGGGACAGCUACUUGGAAGGCUAUCGCAGUGGCUUCAAAACACUGCAGCCUUUUUUCAGCCCAAGGCUGCGGCUGGUGGCAGACUGCAUGGAGCAUGCCCUGACCAGCUGCCACCCCCGUGCCCGCUACUCGGCAGGCUGGGAUGCCAAGCUGUUCUACAUCCCCCUCAGCUACCUGCCCUCAGCCUUCACAGACCUCAUCUUCGGCUGGCUCUACCCAAAACCUGCCUUGAAAGCCUAAGGCAGGGGCAUGGCAUCAGCAGCUGAGAGCCAUGGAAUGGGAAUGGUUCUGGUGGAGAAGCCUUCUGAGAUGUGCCAGCCCAGCUCUAACCCAGCAGCAGCAGGAAGCUGCUUUGGCCUUCUGAAUAAAGACAACU